AGAGGAGUCAUCGAUACGCAUAUAAACAACAAUUAUUUGGGAGUCAGUCAGUCCAUUUCACAAGUGACGUUUUUCUUUUAAUAAUGGGUUCGAUGAAGAAGAUGUAGCAUGAUCGCGUUGAAUAAGGUGUUACCAUGGCUACUAUGGACACGCUGCUGCCUUUUCCUUGACAAUAACCCAGGUCGUGAUGUCCCACACCCGGUGCAUCGUGACGGUCUGGAGACAGAGCGCAACCACCAUCUGGACCAGCAGUAUUCCCCUUGGUCCCCGUCUCGACACUUCGAUGAAGGCAGACGCCACCCCGUCCCCCCAGCUAGGAACAUGAAGGGCUUAUCGGGCGGUCGCUCCCAGCACCAGAUCCUGUCGCCCCACGGGUUGGACCAGUUCGACUACCCCCAAGACAUCCAUGGCAUGGGCCACCAUGGUGGAGCCUCCGACUCACGCCACACCUCCUACCUGCUCAGCCCCACUGAGAGCUGCCCCAUGGACUACCACCACCGCUACUCACCACGCAGCUCCAUCCACUCAGACUGCAUGAUGAUGUCCCCCGUCAUGAUGGCGCCCUCGUCAGUCGGUGUUGGCCCCAUCGAUCACGUUUCCAGCAGCACCUUCCCCAGAAUGCACUACAGCACCCAGUACUAUGACUCAGCCACGCGGGACGACUGCGCCGCCAUCACUGCCUCCGCCACCUCCCAUGCUGCUGCUGCUGCCACUGCCGCUUCCGUCUUGCAGUACCAGGGCAGCGGCAAGAGCAACCGCAUCCCGGCCAACCUGCUGGACCAGUUUGAGAAGCAGCUGCCGCUGCAUCACGAUGGCUUCCAUACCCUGCAGUACCAGAGGGCGUCCACCACCACCACGGAGCAGCGCAGCGAGAGCCCCGGACGCAUCCGCCACCUGGUCCACUCCGUCCAGAAGCUUUUCACCAAGUCCCAUUCCCUGGAGGGAUCGUCCAAGAUGAACGGCACCAAGGGUGAAGGAGGAGGAGGGGGACACCACGGCGGCUCCCAACACGGCCACCACGGAGGCUCCAAGCACGGCAGCAAGCGGAGCAAGAGCAAAGAGCGCAAGGCGCACCGCUCGGGGGGCGCGGGCGGCUUCUGGAGCGCUGACGACAACCUGGACAGCGACAGCACCUACCGCACACCCAGCGUCAUGAGCCGUCACCACGGUGACUACGCCCAUGCUGCCCACUGCUACCCGGACUCCAUGCACCACAGUCACUUUGGGGACAUGUCCCUCAAGACCUCGAAGAGCAACAACGACGUCAAGUGCUCGGCAUGCGAGAGCAUGGCCACGGCUCCGGAGGGGAAGUUUAUGAAGAGAAGUUCCUGGUCUACGCUGACUGUCAGCCAGGCCAAGGAAGCUUACAGGAAGUCCUCCCUUAACCUAGAGAAACCCAUGAUGCACACAGACCUCAAGCCCUCACUACGGGCCUGUCACUAUCUGCAGGUGCCUCAGGAUGAGUGGAGUGGAUACCCGGAGGACGGAGACAAGGACGAGGAGAUCCCAUGUCGACGGAUGCGCAGCAGCAGCUACGUCAAAGCCAUGGGAGAGGUAGACAAUGACUCUGGUGGCGAAUCUGAUGGCAGCCCCAAGACCUCACCCCAGAAGGCCAUCCGACCCGAUGCCCUCGUCCUCAAAUCAGUUAUGCAGAGGCCCCACAUAGACCCCCAAAGCCAGAGCUACCACUUGCAAACCACCCGAGACAUGAUGCGGCCCCAUCCCAGUGUCACCCUGGACCCAGCCUUCAACUACCCCCAACACCAUGUACCCCUGGGACCUCAGUUCCGCUCCCGGAACCAGAGCUACAUGCGGGCGGUCAGCACCCUCAGUCAGGCCAGCUGCGUAAGCCAGGUGAGUGAGACUGAGGUCAAUGGCCAGUUUGAGUCAGUUUGCGAGUCCGUUUUUAGCGAAGUAGAAUCCCAGGCCAUGGAGGCUUUGGACCUGCCUGGCUCGUUCCGCACUCGAAGCCACAGUUACCUGCGUGCAAUUCAGGCUGGGUAUUCCCAAGACGACGACUGCUUGCCUUCAAUGACAUCCUCCACUGUCACUUCAACUCUCAGAUCCACAACAGUGGUGACGCACAUGCCUAGCUAUACGUCAAAGACGCCCCCGCCGGCACCACCUCGCACCACCUCCAAGCCCCUCAUCUCGGUGACGGCCCAGAGCAGCACAGAGUCCACUCAGGAUGCCUACAACGAGGGGAGGGUCCCACGGGGAGUGUACUGUGGGCGCCCGGACGGUCUGGGCGGCUCGGGUCGAACCCUCUACAACUCGUCCGACAGCCUGGACAGCGCCAAUGUGGUGAUGCUGGCCAUGGAGACGGCAGGGAGCAAGCGGCACGCCUCCUCGGGCAGCCACAGCUCGGUGCAGACGUGUGACAAGGCGGUGUUGGUGUCCAAGGCUGAGGAAUACCUCAAAACGCCACGUUCCUCCAUAGGGAUACAGGUAAAACCAGCUCACACACAUGUUGAUAGUCUAGUCCAGGGGUGUCAAACAUACGGUCCGCGAGGGGUCCAAUCCGGUGGAGACGGCGACGGAUUCGAGUCGGAGGGUAAAGGUCUUCCUCAGUACCAUUCUGUUGGCACCCAGGUGGAGGAUAACAAACGGCAUGGCAGGUUCAAGCGCUCCAACAGCGUGACGACAGCCGUACAAGCUGACAUGGAACUAGAGGGCUUCCCCACCAUGGAGGACAAGGGACUGCAGUUCGGAGGGGGCGGGUUUCCGAGGGGCCACUCGGAGCCCAGCACACCCACCCAGUACGGGGCCGUCCGCACUGUCCGCACCCAGGGCCUCUUCAGCUACCGGGAGGACUACCAGCGUUCCUCCAGCGGUCCUCCCAGUCCGCAGCCUGAGUCGUGGCUGACAGAGCCCUCUCUGGAGGGGGCUGAGACGGGCCGGGUGUCCCCCCUCCGCAGGGAUGGCAGCUGGUUCAUGCAGCUCCUCCAUAAUGAAACUAAGAGGAUGGAGGGAUGGUGUAAAGACAUGGAGAGAGAGGCGGAGGAGCAUGACCUGUUGGAGGAGAUCCUAGGGAAAAUCCGGAGUGCGGUGGGCAGUGCACAACUCCUCAUGUCUCAAAAAUUCCAGCAGUUCUACUGGCUGUGUCAACAGAACCUGGACCCCAGCGCCAUGCCCCGCCCCACCUCUCAGGACCUGGCCGGAUUCUGGGACUUGCUGCAGCUCUCAAUCGACGACGUCACUGCCAAAUUUAAUGAACUGCAGCAGAUCAAGAGCAAUGAGUGGAGGCUCGUGGAGAGCCCAGAGAAGAAGACGCUAUUACAGGAGAGGAAGUGGCCUCCCCGUUGCCAAAGAGACCUCCGAAGGGGCGUGGCGGCGUGGUGCGGGAGCGCUCUCUGGAUCUGCAGGACCGCCAGCGUCAGGAGGCCCGGCGUCGUCUUCUGGCUGCCAGCGGGCGGCUUCCUUCAGACAGAACUCAGCCACGGAGCGGGCGGACAGCAUCGAGAUCUACAUCCCCGAGGCCCAGACCCGUCUUUGAGGUUCAAGGAUUUACCCCCCCUAGCCCACCCCUACCCCUGUUUUGCCCAUAUCCGCCCCCAUACCUCAGCCCCAGCCAACGGAGGGAAUAUUCCCCACCCCACUACAAUGAGCUGCUAG